CCCAUGUCCACCGAGUUGAUUGUUCACAGACCGGCAAGAGAUAUCGGUUCAACACCUCUUUUGGCACAUUCGAUAAAAGCAGCUAUCUUUUAAUUUUCUCUCUUCGAGAUUUAUUAUUUUGUUGUCAAGGCUCAAUCUCGAACUCGACAAACUAUAUUCGUACAAACAAACAAACACCUUCUGGCAAGGCAACUCAACUCAUCAGCCAGAACAAAAAAAAAUGUCGGACCAACAGGUCAUCUUUUACGACCUACCUUCGAAACAAGGGACAGCAUGGAGUUUGAACCCGUGGAAGACGAGACUUUACCUCAACUACAAAAACAUCCCGUACAAGACCGAAUGGACAGAGUACCCUGACCUAGCACCCAAGUUUGAAAAAUUUGGCAUUCCACCCAACGAGACGGGAUUCAAAUAUACUUCGCCGACGGUGAAGAUGCCCGACGGCAGUUACGUGAUGGAGUCACGUCGCAUCGCCGACGCCCUGGAACGAGUCUUCCCGACCCCUUCCAUGCACAUCGACUCGAAAUACCAGGCCCCCGUCGACGCCGCCAUCCUCAACUGCCUCGGGAAGAUGAGGCCCGUCUUCAUCCCCCUGGUGCCCAAGGUCUUCCUCAACCCCCGCAGCGUCGAGCACUUUGUCACCAGCCGCGAAAAGGCGAUCGGCAAGUCCCUCGACGAGUUCGGCAGGACGGGCGACCAGAGCAUCAAGGACGCCCAACCUCACAUCCGCGAGCUCGCCGACAUGUUGGCCGAGACCGACGGACCCUUUUUCGAGGGCGAAACCCCGUGUUACGCCGAUUUCGUCGUAAUUUCCUUCCUCAGGAUGUUGAAAGGUUUGGGGGCUGUCGAGAAAAUCUACAGCUUGGAAGGGGGGGAGCGACUGAAGAAGCAGUACCAGGCGGCCGAAGCUAAAGGUUGGCUCGAUCGGGACAGUUACUGAUUUGAAAAAGGCGUCGACAUCAUCAUCAUCAUCAUCAUCAUCAUCAUGACCAUGACCAUCGCCUCAAAUGAGCCAGAUAUGAAUCACAACGCUCAAGUCGGAG